GGUCGAAGCCUGUUUUCUGCGUUGUCGAAGAACGUGGAGGGAGAGCGCAGAGAAACCCGCGUUUUUUUUUCUUCCGUGUGUUUUACUGUGCUGCGCCAGACGCACUGGAAUCCAUGAAAACACGUAGAAAUGCAAGCUAUAAACAAUGUCUCAUCGGAGGAAUAACGAUAACCGAAGAAACGGUCGGUUACCACCACCACCGUUACGUUCACCCGUGAAUUGAGCAAAACCCGUCGAACUCUUGUGUUUGAUAUAUAUGGCAUCACGGUAGCAGUGUCAGAGCGAUAUGGCAGAUCCGUUAUCGGAAGUCAACCCUCACGUGUUCCUUGACGUGAGAAUAGGGGAAGAGUUUGUGGGCCGCAUUAUUAUCCAGCUUUUCAAGAACAUCCUGCCCAGGACUACAGAGAACUUCCGUGCUCUGUGCACGGGCGAGAGGGGCAUUGGAACUUCAGGAAUCGCGCUGCACUACAAAGGAUGCAGAUUUCACAGGAUUAUGCCCAAGUUCAUGGUGCAAGGAGGCGACUUCACAAACGGCGAUGGAACGGGAGGAGAGAGCAUCUACGGACGCUUCUUCGACGACGAAGGCUUUGCCGUCAAGCACACCAAGGCGGGCCUGGUGGGCAUGGCCAACAGUGGUCCUGGGACCAACGGCUCCCAGUUCUACGUAACGACAGUUCCAACCCCGCACCUGGAUGGGAAGCACGUAGUCUUCGGGAGCGUCAUCCGAGGCAUGGGUGUCGUCACCGCCCUCGAAUACGUUCGGACGGGAGAAAAAGACGCCCCCUUUGAGGAUUGCGUAAUCGAAAACUGCGGUGAAAUCCUUCCGGGCCAGGACUUUGGUCUCUGUGAGAACGAUGGCACCGACGAUGUUUUCCCUCCCUUUCCGGACGACUCCGACCUGGACUUCACGGAGAUCGACUACGUGUUGAUUGUGGCCGAAAAGAUAAAGCAGUCUGGCAACCACUACUUUCGGAAAGAAGACUUUGUCAGGGCAAACUCCAAGUACAAGAAGGCUCUCAGGUACCUUAACAAGCUGCACGAGGUUAACGAUCUAUCGAAAGAGCAGGAAACCCAAAUUGUAGUUGUCGUGUUACCCUGCAUCCUCAACAGUGCAGCGUCCAAGUUGAAGUUGAAGCAGUACGACCGCGCCCUCGACGACUGCGAUGAGGCGCUUGACUUGGAGCCUCGUCACCCGAAAGCACUGUUCAGAAGGGGACAGGCUUUCCAUGGGAUGCGGGACUAUGACAAAAGCAUGGCAGACCUCCGGCAGGCCUUGUUGCUGGCACCCAACGAUAAAGCGAUCCUGUCGGAGAUGGCAGCGGUACGUGGAGAGAUGCAGGCGUAUAAGGCCAAGGAGCGCAAGGCCUAUUCCAGACUGUUCAAAUAGUCUUUCAUGAAAUAUUGUGGAAUAUGUUUUUGUGAACCUACGUACCUAAUUUAUUUCUACCACAGAGUGUGAAAUCCUAAGUAUGCUAUGGGAUUGAGACCUAUCAGUGGUACAGCAGAUUUUGAGUGUGAUGCUACGCCAAGCUGUUCUUGAAUAGCAGCAUUUUUUUCGAAACAUGACACUUGACAAAUAUGUCGGGGGGUGUACUUGACUGCUUUGAUCUUGUGUUGUAGAACGGACAUGGCACGUGCCACAGUUGGUGAGGUGCUGCAAGGUCUGUAAGACUGGGGUUACACCCUCUGCUUGUGAGCAUUAUAUUUACUUGGAUGCAAUGUAUAUACGUAACACGAAGAAUGUCAUUUGUGAUUUGCGAAAUACUACUAUUUAUCAGCCUAGUCUACAGUGUGUAUUACAAGAAGCACUGCACACCUAUUUAUACGAAGCAGAGAGGAAAUGCGAUGCAAGUUUCAAAGGUGUACUCCACCAAUACUGUUUGUUGCAACUUUCUGCAAUAUCUACGAUUCCAGCAAACGUUAAAGCGUUGUACAAAAUCUUGGAUUCAGUGUGAAAGGCGCCAUUUCUUUUGUUCUGACACAAGAAGUGGCUUCAGUUCUCGGUGGUGGCAGCACAGUCUCUACAGCAUUUGAAUCUCUCGUCGUGGUGUGUCAUGUUAAAACUUAUUUGAGCACGAGACUUCACGAUUGUGCACUAAUGUGUGCCUGUGCUUGAAGCAACGUGGUUCAUGUUUUGCAUGCAGUGUGGAGAACAGGUGCGUUAGUCGACUGCCUCUGACAAAUGAGGAUCGAGUACAGGGUGUCGGGACAGAGGUGUCUAAGAAAUCUUGCCUGUGAUGGUCGAGUAGAGUGAAAUAUAUUUUAGAAGGUUGCACGAAUGUGAAAUGACAGACCCUAAGCUAUGCAUCCGUAUGAACUUUGACGUGCAAAAACAAAGCGUAUAAUAUACCUGUGUAGAUCAUUAAACUGAAUUUUCGACAGCGUU